AUGACAACACUUAAGAUCGAAGAAAGCGACAUACCGCAGCUGGAUGGACAGACUGCCAUCGUUACAGGAGGUUCGUCUGGUAUCGGGCUGGCAACUGCGAAGAUUAUUGCUUCGAGAGGCGGGAAGGUCAUCAUUCUUGAUAUCCACGAGCCCAAAGAGAAAUUGCCUGUAGAUAUCCGCUAUCAAAAGUGUGACAUCGGCAAGUGGUCAGAGCUCAUUGCUGCCUUCUCAAGUGCUGGUCCUACUCACAUUGCCGUCGCAAAUGCAGGUCAGAGUGAGGACGGGUCGUACUUGACUGAUUCAUACGACGAGCACGGCAAUCUCCUUGAGCCGACAUACAAUGUGAUUGAUACCAACUUUCGAGGAACUCUCAACUUUGUCAAGCUCGCAUUACAUAGUAUGAGGAAACAUGACAUCAAGGGGAGCAUUGUUAUCACGUCAAGUGCCACUGCGUAUUCGGCAGAGCAGUCACUACCAGUUUACAGUGGGACAAAGGCAGCGUUAAUUAACUAUCUACGUGCGAUGCGCUCAACGCUCCGCGGCUCAGGAAUCACAAUCAACGCUGUGGCUCCGGCCGCGACCAUCACGGGGCUCUUGCCAGCAGAGUUAGCUGCUCCUAUUAUGGCAGCUGGUCUGCCCGUAAGCACGGCGCAUUUUGUGGGAUUGGCAGUGGUCUACUCCGCUGUCGCGUCAGAGGAACAGAAAGUAGCGGCAUACGGAAAAGACUCUGAGGAAUGGAAGCAAGCCCCAGGGCGGUGGAACGGGAGGACCAUUUUGACUCUGGGCCAGAGAUACACGGAGUUGGAGGGUCCAAUAUCUGACUUGCGCAACCACUGGUUCGGUGAUGAUAAUUUGCGAGAGACUCAACUGCAGCAAGCAGCCACGGACUUUAGAGACACAAUUUGA